AUGGAGCUUAAAGAGAUGGCUCCCGAGCCGGUGGCUCACUACAAGCCUGUAGAAGGUAUCGAGAAACCUAGUGGGAAUUUGAGUUGGCUAAAUCCGCGAAUUGUGAAGAUUUCACUGCGAAAAGUACAAAAAUAUUCGAUCUGGCCGUUGGUGGUUUAUUUCCCACUUCACGCCAUAAAUACGCUCAUAACGCCAUCGAUUUCGCCCGAGAGCGCUCCCAAUGAUGUUUUGAUGAUGGUACGUGCCAUUUUGCCUGGCUUUACCAGCGUUUUGCUCACCGCGUCUGUGACAGCGCAUUUAGCCAGCGGACUAAUUCUCAGAGCAUGGACUGUAGCGUCUCGCUGGAGACAGCCCAAGAGGGGCAAAAAUGUACCACAAGACUCGAGAGAACUCGAGUCUCAGCGGAAAAUAGGAUUGAUCGGCGGGCUCUCCGGAUAUUUUGUGGGAAUCAGCAAACAGUUAUCUUAUAACCCGCAAGUGGUAUCAGGCCUCAUUCUAGCUCCCGCAUUUUUCUACCACACGCGGCUCAUGAAGAAGAUACCGCAAGCUCAAGGAUUCGACGUAGACUUUGACUUCGUCAAGUGGAUUUUGCAGAACGACAGCGCAAUUGUCAAAUGGUUUGGCGGCAUCAUUCCGCUAACAGUUUUGAUUUGGGCUGCUAGUUAUCAUUUCGGGGCUGGAAUCUGUCAAUACGCCAGGAUUAGACGUUUGAGUGGGAGAAAAGCCAUGACCACGUUAAUCUUUGGUCUUACUACCACGGGCGUACUUGGUCUUUGGAGAAUGGCGAAGAGCGCUCCGGUUUUUGAAGCUGCCGACUACCAAUUAAUAUUGAGAAAAGCAUUUCUUAGGCUGUAA